GCCAUUUUGACUGAGCAACCAUAGUGACAGGAGCCGAAGCAGCAGCUCAGGUUGUCCCCGUUCCCCCUCCCCCUUCCUGUCUCCGGUUGACUUCCCGGGCCCCCUACACUCCACAGUCCCGUUCCCACCAUGUCCCAGAAGCAAGAAGACGAAAACCCUGCGGAAGAGACCGGCGAGGAGAAGCAGCAAAAGUACUUUGACUCAGGAGACUACAACAUGGCCAAAGCCAAGAUGAAGAAUAAGCAGCUGCCAAGUGCAGGACCAGACAAGAACCUGGUGACUGGUGACCACAUCCCCACCCCACAGGAUCUGCCCCAGAGAAAGUCCUCACUCGUCACCAGCAAGCUUGCGGGUGGCCAAGUUGAAUGAUGCUGCCUGGGGCUCUGCCAGAUCCUGAGACGCUGCCCCCCUGGGUCCUGUGCUGGCUCCUGCCCCUCCCUGCUUUUGCAGCCAGGGGUCAGGAGGUGGCUUGGGUGUGGGCUGGAGAGGCAGAAGCCCCUGCCCGUUGGUGUCCCAGCGCAUGGAGCCCCUUGGGCUGAGCACCAAGACCUUGAACCCUUUUUUGUUUUACCUUUUUUUCCAAAUAACUGUUGGGAGAAAUCUCAGUGAAAUCCCAAGGGUGGGGUUGAGAGGGUGGGGUGGGAGAUUUGGGUGAAUGAGAAUUAGGAUUUAGAGAUGAUAAAAACAUCCCUGACUAUCUUCCUUCUUAACCCAGUGGUUGGUGUGGGUCGGUGGAAGAGGAGGAAGCAGAGUAGACUAGUAAGGGUUCUAAUUCAGGUAAAUGCCUGGUGUGGUUGUGGCUGGAGAGACCUGGUGUCAGUAAAAGCAACUGUUGAUCUACAUACAACAGAUGCAAACAGCUCCUCUGACUGCAGAGCAAGCUGAGAACUCAAUGUUAAUUGUCCAUAAGAAAAAAGAGUGCUGUCCUUUAAACAGAUUUGUUACGUGGGAAGGAAAGGGCAGUGAGCAUGGGGGAAAGGAACCAUGAGCGGGGAGCCCCACAGAGCCCAGGGACUUUUUCAGUAUUUGAAAUAAAAAAAAAAAAAAGACCCAUGAAAAAACCCAACCCAGAAAUACUCUGAAGCAGUUGGUGUGUUUUAUUGGGGCUUGGGAGGGGGGCUGAAAUACUGAAGACACCAUUUAGGGGAGAAGCUGGUUUGGGGCCCUGAGUUUCUAAGGAACACUGGGGCCUUUAGUUUGGGCUAUGACUGGGCUCCCCAUUUGCCCCACUUACAAGAGAGGGAGCAGGGAUGGUGGCAGUCGGACCAGGCUUUUCCUUGGCCCUGUUGGUCCUGUGUUUCUGUGGCUAUUGCAGAAGAUGCAUCGACUUCAGGUUAUAGCUCACAAAAUGAAAGAUUAAAGGUAUGUGAUCUAAAUGGUUUCUUGUCAUCUAAAGCUUAGUCCAGACCCAGCAAAAUGAAGUCCAUUCUUCAUUUUCCUUUCCAGUUUUCCUUUUCUCCACAAGUUCCCAUGUGUGUGAAGGAGAAAUGUGACCUCAUAGUGGUAAGCCGAAAAGAAACAUGUCUGUCUGCUUGUGGCCAGCAGGAGGCAGAGGAGCUUCUUUAUUCAUGAUGUCCCAGCCUGCGCUCCUGGAAGCCUGGCGCCACGGAGAGGAGUUAAAAGCUGCUUGUGAGGGCUGGGGGUGCAGCUCAGAGGUAGAGGCAAGGCCCUGAGUUCAUUGCCUAGAAUGGGGAGGUAGGGUGCAUAUUAAUGUAAUGUACAAAAGGAAGAUUACCAAAGGAAAAACAGGGCCCCUCCCUCUCCACCACCACCUGAUAGUCACAAGUAAUAGGUUGGAACUGCCUGCCCAUUUUGCCCAGCUUUGGUUAGGAGAGUUGAUCAGGUAUUUCUCCACAUGUGAUGGGCUUCUCAAGUGAUUAUGCUUCAAGGAAGUUAAACAGAUAUUCCGGAGAAAUCCCUAUUGUGUUGGGGAUAGGCAGUGCUUUCUAAACUGGAGAAAGAAUCUUGCUCUCAGUAUCUGAUUCAUUCUUUUUCUCCUUAAUCAGAAGCUUUCCAAAUAAAUUUUUCAACCACU